AUGUCGCGAAUAACGAUACCUCUCUUGCAUUUUAAUGAUGUAUACCGAGUGCGACAGAAAUCAUCCAACGGGGGCACAUUAGGUGCUGAUCAGUUUGCUGCGUUGAUUCACGCACUUCGCUCAAGGUGGGGCGAACAGGACCAAGCAUGCCAGCGACCCGUGCCGGACAAGCCCUUUGAUUGGAGCAAGCAUGCGAAACGUGACAGAAAUGGACUUGUGCUAUUUUCUGGUGACCUAUUCAAUCCCUCGAUGGAGAGCAGCAUCACACGUGGUGCGCACAUGGUACCUGUUAUCAAUGCCAUGCAGGUCGAUGCAGCCGUGCUGGGAAAUCACGACUGGGACUUUGGAUAUCCACAUUUGCAGCGUUUGCUGAGCAAAACAAACUUUCCUUGGCUGUUUUCCAAUGUCGUCGAUGCUUCUUGGCGGGAAGCGAACAACGAUGAGUCUCAUGACGAUCUCGAUGAGCGUGACGAACAGAUCGAGACGACGCUACCCUACUUUGUCAUGGAUGUCAAAGGUGUCCGUAUCGGAUGCAUUGGAUUGGUUGAGAAAGAAUGGCUCGAUACUGUACCAGGGUUUCCCAAGGAAUUUGAAUACAGAGACAUGGUCCAAGUGGCCCAAAAUCUCUCUCGAGAACUGCGCGAAGGCAAAGAACAGUGUGAGCUCAUUCUUGCUAUCACACAUUGUCGUCUUCCGAAUGAUGUCAAAAUUGCCCGUGCUCUUGGAGCUGUAUCCCAUACUGAUCCUGCGCAGCAUGGUGUCGAUCUCAUUCUAGGCGGUCACGAUCAUGUGUAUUACAUUGGUCGAGGCGCGGAUACCUUUUCAGGCGAUUCUUUUGACCAAAAGAUUCCUGGCUCGGAAGACGAUAACAACUCCUUUAUAAUUAAAAGUGGUACAGAUUUUCAUGACCUGAGUGAGGUCAAGCUCACUCUUUCUGAACCACAUGACAAUGCUGUUCGACGACGCACAAUCGAGCGACUGGAUGUACAUCGACACGUCACUUCUCCCGAACAUGCGUCUCUUCCUGAGUUACAGAAAAUGCUUGAUCAACUGAUGUCGCGUAUUUCCAAGUCUACGGAGCAACCAGUGGCCCUCACGAUGAAUGAAUGGGAUCUGCGUUCUAACAAAGUCCGGACAGACGAGUCAGGCAUCGGCGAUUUAAUCGCUGAUAUCCUGCUUAUUUCUAUGGAGCGUGAAUUGCGGUCUCAGUCUGAAAAAGAAAUGGAUGCCACAGUAUCAGCCGGUGGGCGCAUGGCUGACUGCUGUAUCAUAUGUGGCGGUUCGCUCCGCAGUGACAGCGUAUUUGGACCCGGCGUCAUUACACUGGGCAACCUAAUCGAAAUUAUGCCGUUCGAAGACGCCAUUGUUGUUAAGGAACUUCGCGGGCAAGAUAUUUGGGAUGCUCUGGAGAAUGGAUUUAGUACGUAUCCCAAGCAAGAAGGUCGAUUCCCACAGGUGGCGGGUAUGCAGGUGAUAUGGGACUCGCGUCGUCCACCGGGCAAGCGUGUCGUAAGCGUUCACCUCCUGAAGCAGCCAUUUGAUGGCGCAAAUGAAUGCAGCACGCACUUACGCACAAAAAUUCGCAAUAUGUACAAGUACUCGAAGGACCAAGAAUCAGUCGAUGACGAUAUUGUCAUGGUGCACCGUGAACAGCCGCAAAUCAAGGAGCCUUUGGAUCUAAAUAAAACAUACAAAGUGGUCACGCGCGACUACCUAUCGCAGGGCAACGAUGGCUACGAGGCCCUGACCCGCGGGCGCUAUAUUGUCGACGAUGAACUGGGCCAACUGAUGUCUUCAAUUGUACGCAAGUUUUUGUUAGGUGCUACGUAUAUCUGGCGCUGGAAUCAGCUCCGAACGCGUCGCGAGAGUGCCAGUGAGACGUUGCCAUCCAGUCCCGACACCAGUAUGGACUCGACUGCCUCUCCUGUGCGUCAAUCACGGCGCGCGUCGCUUUUUGAGCAUCUAUUUGACAAGAAUGCGCAUGACCGGUCACACUUGUCUCUCAAGACCGAUUCGGCGGUGCAAAGAGCCUACAAUUUGCGCUUACAGCGCUCCAAAUCCAUGAUGCUGCACGCUGACCACAAUAGCGCGUCGCCUUCUCCCAAACGCCGCAGGUCCAUGUCACCAAAUAUGCUGAGCCGCCUGGCCCAUUAUCCACUUGUCGUGGAUCACACGUCAACUUCCAUUCGUGACGCAUUGUUUGUUGCUACGCAUGAGCAUCACUCCCACUUUGAUACAGCCUCGCGCAUAGACACGAGCGUUGUGCUCGAGCCAGGGUGCAGCCAAGAAGAUUUGGCUGUAGUCAUGGCUCUCAUUGAUGGACGCAUGAAAGAUUUGGCCAGAUGUGAGUCUCAAACAUCGGCAUAA